UCAUAAAAAGAAAAUUUUUAUUAUUAAUAUAUUUUAAUAUUUUCAGAAAAAUGUGAUUUAUGCUUUCAUGUUUUUGGAAAGAUGGCGCUUAUUGAUAUAGGGGAUGGUUGGGAACGAGAAUUACUUACAGCAGAGAAACUUCAUCAACAUGUUCUUUCUCAGAUUGGAGAGCGAAGUAAGCUGAGUAGGAAAAGCUCUGUAUAUCACCAGCUCACUGAUGAUCUUGGUCGAACACUCUCCCAGCUCUCAGGACAGUUAAAUCUGCUCCGGGAGAAACUUCAUACCGAGUCUUCAAAACUUACUCAAGGGGAGAGAAACAGAAGAGAAGGAGUUUUAGACAAUUUCUCCCGGAAGGAGAAACAGCUGAAAGAGCUAGUGAGCAGAACUAUAUUUACUGAGGUGAACUCGGACCGGAAAACUUUAUUCCGGAAACCGGUGCCUGGUUCCGGAAUAGCGGACAUGGGAACCACGGGGUGGGGGGACUCAAGCAGUCCCCCCGGGGACGGGGGAGCUGAGUCCUUGGAGACGGCUGGGAUGAGUGCUCAGUCCCUGAAAGAAAAACAGCAGGAGGCCAUGUUAGAUCAGGAUGCUGGUCUAGAUGCUCUGCAUAGUGUGAUAAUAAGACAGAAGAAUAUGGCCCAGCAGAUUGGUGUAGAAAUUAUCCAACAAAAUGAUAUAAUUGAUGAAAUAGGUCAGUUCCAUUUUUAUGUUGCUUUCAUUUGAUAAUAAAUCAGCUCG